AUGGCUACAACCUCAAAUAUAAUUAGUACUAAAGCGGUAGCUCCGAGAGGGAAAGGAAAACAACGCAAGCAAUUUUUGGAGAAGAACGACGCUCUUGCGUUGGCUGCCUCAAUAGCCGAUACUCAAGAGAAAAUAUCCAUUACGAAAGCGGAAAGGCACCACAAACCCAGGGAUGAAUCACUGGCUAAACAGGAACGAAAGCAUUCAAUGAGUACUAAAGCAAAAUUAAAAGAGACCAAGGCGGCUUUGAAAGCCAAACAAGUCAACGCGAAAAGAGAAAGAGCAAAGUCACGGAAAGAGCGAUUGAAACCGAAAGUUGAUGUUGAUGUGGGCGUAAACAAGCAUGCAUCUGGCAAGGUCCGCAAAACAGUGUCAUUUGCCUGA